AUGUUUUUCACAAAGGAUCUUCCUUCACCAACAUCGGUGUUCACAGCUUACGCAUCAAUGGCGGGUUACAUGAUGAUGAUAAGAUCAAUGGCUCACGAGAUGAUCCCAGCUCCAAUCCAAGAUUUCAUUUACUCAUCUCUCCGUUCUCUGUUCAACCGUUCUUCUCCCUCAACUCUGACUCUCACCAUCGACGACGACAACAUGGGCAUGAACAACGAGAUCUACCGAGCAGCUCAGACUUACCUCUCCACCAAGAUCAGUCCAGACGCAGUGAGGCUCAGAAUCAGCAAAGGCCACAAGGACAAGCACGUCAAUCUGUAUCUCAGCGACGGAGAGAUCGUCAACGAUGUCUACCAAGAAGUCGAGCUCAAAUGGAUAUUCGUUACAGACGGCGGCGACAAGAAAGGCGGAGGCGGAGGAGGAGGAGGAAGAGGCGGAGGCGGAGGGAGAAGAGGCGGCAUGGAAGACGACGGCAAAAGCGAGUAUUUCGAGCUGAGUUUCGACAAGAAGCAUAAAGAUUUGAUCUUAAACUCUUACGUGCCUUACAUCGAGACCAAAGCCAAAGAGAUCAGAGACGAGAGGAGAAUCCUGAUGCUGCAUUCUCUCAACAGCCUCCGGUGGGAAUCGGUCAUCCUCGAGCAUCCUUCCACCUUUGAGACAAUGGCCAUGGAAGAUGAGCUCAAGCGUGACGUCAUCGCCGAUCUUGACCGGUUCAUAAGGAGGAAAGAUUUUUACAAGAGAGUAGGGAAAGCUUGGAAAAGGGGCUACUUGCUGUACGGACCACCCGGAACAGGGAAGUCUAGUCUGGUCGCAGCAAUGGCUAAUUAUCUCAAGUUCGAUGUCUAUGAUCUUCAGCUCGCGAGUGUGAUGCGUGACUCUGAUCUGAGGAGGCUCUUGCUCGCCACACGUAACCGCUCCAUUCUUGUCAUUGAAGAUAUCGACUGUGCAGUGGAUUUGCCCAACAGAUUGGAGCAGCCUGUUGAAGGCAAGAACCGUGGCGAAUCUCAGGGACCUUUGACGUUAUCAGGGCUGCUGAAUUUCAUAGAUGGAUUAUGGUCAAGCUGUGGAGACGAGAGGAUUAUAAUAUUCACGACGAACCACAAAGACAGGCUUGACCCGGCAUUGCUACGUCCGGGUCGGAUGGAUAUGCAUAUUUACAUGGGACAUUGCACUUUCCAAGGAUUCAAGACCUUGGCCUCUAACUAUUUGGGGUUGAGCGACACCACGAUGCCACACCGUCUUUUCCCGGAGAUCGAGCGGUUGAUGGAAGGGGAUGUGAUCACGCCGGCACAAGUCGCGGAGGAGCUGAUGAAGAGCGAGGAUGCCGAUGCGGCGCUUGAGGGUUUGGUGAGUGUUUUAGAGAAGAUGAGGUUUAAAGCUAAUGAGUCGAAUCCGUUGACGAAGAAGGAGAGUAGAUUGGAGAUGGAGGAGAUGAGAUUGAGACGUGAUGGAGAGGGUUCUCCGAGGAAGAACAGCAAAAGAAUUAAGAAACUUGUUCUGUUUUGGACCUAA